AUGACUUCUUCAAAUAUUAUCAUCACAGAGAGUAUCCUUUCAAACUCCACUGGAUCAACAUUUUCUGUCCACUGCACAUCAUCGACUUCCUACCACUUCUACUUUCCGGUCAGAAGUAUGGCGAGCACUACAUACCAGACCCUCCGAGCUCAUUAUCAUGCCGCGUUGAAACGUUUCAUCGCAGGCCCCAGAAAUCUCGAGGUGCUCUCCACCAUCCCCUCAAACCAGCUACAGGAACAGAAACACCCUUCACCGGUCCCCGAGGUACUCUAUGUCCUGGACUCGUCAUUCAAUCCCCCGACUUGCGCUCAUCUCAGGAUCGCCAACUCGGCCCUCCUCGAGAAACCCAGCGUACCCUCGCGGCUUCUGCUACUCCUGGCCACCCAGAAUGCCGAUAAACCAUCGAAACCUGCUUCGUUCGAGGACCGUCUGGCCAUGAUGGAAUUGUUCGCCCAGGACCUGUGGUCGCAUCUGCAGACGUCCUCCCCAGCCCCUGGAAACGCAGGCCUUUUACAGAUCGACAUUGGGGUGACAAAGCGGCCGUACUUUGUGGACAAAGCAGCUGAGAUUGAAAAGUCGGACGUCUACCCAGAGCCUUUGGAACAGGUCCAUCUCACAGGCUAUGAUACGCUGAUCCGCAUCUUCAACCCCAAAUACUACCCGCCAGAACACACCCUGCAGCCGCUGGGCCCGUUCCUCUCGCAGCAUCGCCUCAGAGUCACCAUGCGCCCGAGCGACGAGUGGGGGAGUAAGGAAGAGCAGGAGGCUUUCCUCCUUCACUUGGCGCAAGGCGGACGGGAGAACGAGGGCGGCAAGCGUGAAUGGGCGCAGCGCAUCCAGCUCGUAGAAGGGAAGAAGCCGGGGGAUCCAGCAGUGAGCUCCACCAAGGCCCGUGAGGCCAUUCAUGCGAAUCCCCAGGAUCUCGAAUGGCUGGUUCCCGAUAAGGUCCGAGAGUACAUUCUCUCUCAGCGGCCGUAUGCGGAGUAG